AUGUUUCGUAAUUCGAAUAAUAAUGCAACCGCAGGUGUAUCUAAUCCAUAUAAGCAUGAUAGAAGGGCACUAUUCUUAUCCAGAAUAAAUGAUGAACGCAUGGCCCAUGCCAUGUCCAUUCUUGUUGAUAGGGAAGUAACCGUAAAUCUAGAAAAUGGAGGGAAGAUUAAAGGAAUUUUUAAUUCGUUCGAUCCUUCCAGUAGAGGAAACAAUAAAGCAAUCGACAUUGCCCUCGGAUCCCGAACCAGCUCCAACGAUGCUCGUGAUAAACACAAUCAGAAUAAACCAACGAUUAUAUACGGUGGUGACUACCAUUUUAUAUCUGCAUAUGGAAUAACCAAAAAUACAGUCGAAGCUAAAUCCGAUGCUACACAAUCUCCAAUUAGGAACAAUAAUUUUAAUAAAUUUAAGACUGAUACAGAAAUAUCUAGCUCUAAAGCUAUUAAAGUGAAUCCAACUCUAACAGAAUGGAAACCGGCAGAACCGGUCAGUGAUGAAAAUCUCGUAGAAUUAGAUAAAAUUGAGGAUACUGAAUGGGAUCAAUUCGAAACUAAUAGUAGGGGAUAUGGAGUCGUCACUACCUAUGACGAAAAUUUGUACACUACUGCUCUUGAUAUGAAUGAAAUACCCGAAAGUGUUCGUGAACAUGCGACUGCUCUCGCGGCUGAAAUUAUGGCUAACAAUGGUGAAGGUAGCUACGCACAAAUAGAAUCCCUAUUGGAGGAUGAGGAUUGUGUAUCUACUAACGAAAAUGUCUCAGAUAAUGCGUCACAAAGGCAUGUUAAAGACACUAGAAAGAAGGAAAAGGUACACCAAUCACAGAAAUUUAAACCUAAAACUUCUACGCAUGACACAGAUUCUAAUGUCGAAAGAUCUGUGAAGGCACAGCCCAAUCGUGCAGGUAAUCCAUAUUUCAUUUUUCACAACUACAAUGUAGAAGAAGUGGAUAGACCGGAACAGGUUAAGGUUACUCAUGUCUCUCAAAAGGGUAAACACACAGAUAGGCAGCUUUCUCAUCAAAUAAGUAUCAAUGCUCUCAACCUUGAACCUGCAGGUACAAGGGUGGAUGGAUUUUCUAAGCCACUGAUCCAUUAUGAGAAAAAAUCGUCCGAGAAUACAUCUGAUGAUAAAAAUGCAGAGAAAAACGAGUUUUUGUCAGCUUCCAAGAGAGUAGAUGAGAAGCUUAGUCAGGCCACUACCCAAGGUUACAGAGAUCUCUCACCUGGUGAUAUGAAUAAAAAGUUAUUUAAAUUCAAUCCUAAUGCUUCCAGCUUUACCCCAAAUGUUAAUAGCGAACAUACAACUCCCAUGUCUAGUGCGGCAAACCGUGAAAUCUCUGACACACGUGUAGAGGCUCAACAAACUACCGCAAGAGUUCACGAAUUCAAACCGUUUAAACCUAUGCAAUACUAUCCUCGUCUGAACGUGCGUGAACGCCGAAGAAUAGAUCCAAGGAACUUAUUUACACAGGGAACUGAAGACAAAUGGGGUAUAUCAACUGAAAUCAGCUAUAGAGAUGUUUUUGGUGACAUAUCAUCGCUACAUUUACAUCCUAAUAUUGUGCCCAUUCGAGCUCAUCACAUAAUGGCACAGAAUCCGAUGGCGGCAGCGGCGUUUAUGCUGCCACACGGAACACCCAUAUCGUAUCCUGCUUAUAUAGGAGGAAUACCCAUAGGUGUUGUACCAUAUGGUCCCAAGAUAACCCCAAGAUUCAUUAACGGAGUUCCCUAUGGACCACAAAUUAUUCAAAACCCCGUAUUGGCCAGAAGAACUCCUACAUCAAGCUCAAAUUUACACACACUCGUACCAAUAAACGUUUGUUAUGCACCAAAAAUUACAAACAUUUUAGGCAGUGACGAAUGA